AUGAAGGCCCUCUUGAUAUUCGUAGCCCUGCUCGCCUUCGUCGCAGCUACGCCGCGUGAACGCCGAGAAGCUGUUUGGGGUGGGUACCACGGUGGAUACGGAGGUCAUCUUGGAUACUCUCAUGGGGUGGCAGUCGCUGGUCCGGCUCUGGGACCAACCAGUGUCCUUGGGCCUCAUUUGGGCGCGACCAUGGUGGCUGCUCCUUCUAUAGGACCAGCGAGGCUGUCUGGAUCCGUGGCUGGACCCGUGCAUGUCUCCGGCGCGGUUGCUGGAUCUGCGCUUGUCACUGCUUCUGUCGCUGGACCGGCUCAUGUUGAGGGUUACGGUGGUCCCUACGAUGGAGGGCUUGGUGUCGGAUAUGUCGCACCGGCAGCAGCAUACUCAGGAUACGCAGGCUACCCAGGACCAGCCUCUCACGGUGCUGUCCUCGCAGGACCAGCCUCUCACGGUGCAGUUCUCGCAGGACCAGCCUCUCACGGUGCGGUCCUUUCCGGUCCUCACGCUGGAAACGCGGCGGUAGCCGGUCCCAACGCUGGGUCGGUGGUGAUCGCUGGUCCCUCUGGUAAAAUCACCGCCCAUGGUACAGGCUACGGUGGCAUUCACACCGGCCAUGGACAUUGGUAA